AUGAUCCUCGAAGCCAUCGCUGACCAUCGGCUUUGGAUCUGGCAUGCUUACUUCGGUGUGGCGGGGUCGAACAACGACAUCAACGUCCUGAAUUCAUCGUAUCUCUUCACCGAGCAAUGCAAUGGCAAUGGCCCGACCAUCGAGUUCACUGUAAACGGCCGCAAGUAUCAUAUGGGGUACUACUUGGCCGAUGGCAUAUACCCGAGGUGGCCUGAGGCCAUGGGGAAGGAUGUGGAGCGGGCAUUUGGUGUGCUCCAAGCGCAUUGGGCAAUAAUGAAAGGUUCAGCGCGUUUCUGGUACAAGGAAGUCAUCGCUGAUGUCAUGUAUGCGGGCAUCAUCUUGCAUAACAUGAUAGUAAAACACGAAGGUGGAAGCGUCACCGAUUGGGCCGAUGAUGAAGCUGGAUCUAGCACGGCGACUCCACCCCACGUUCGAGGAUUACGGAUGGGCCACAAUGAGGUUAUAGCUAGAGGUGUCAAGUGGGCCGGCCCAGCCCAGCCCGGCCCGGGCCCGGAGAGGCCCACUGAUAUUUAG